AUGGUAUUUCAAGAUGAAUCAACAAUGAUUGUUGAAACAAAAAGUUCUCCAAAAAUUUCAUGUUUAGAAAAUAAAUCAUCAUCACCAGUUCAGCCAUGUUUUCAUUCAUCAUGUUCACAUUGCGAUGUUACUUAUUUAAAAACAAUUAAUUCUGAAAUAAAACAAUUAACAAAUGAAACUGAAUUAUUUAAAUAUUCAUCAAUAGAUAAUAAAAAUAUUUUAUUAUCAUCUUCAUCAUCAACGUCGAAUAUACCAUUUGAAACCCAACGUAUUAAUUUUUAUUCAAUAAUUGAUGAAUGGAAAUCUGAUCGUAUUGAACAUAUAUCAUUUAUAUAUCAAAAGAAAAAAAAUCAAAUUGAUUUAAUAUGUUCUCAAACAUAUCAUGAAUAUGAAACUUUUAAAAUUGAACAAAAAAAUUUAUUAAAUGAAAAUUUAUUAUCAAAUAAUAAUAAUAAUCAUCGAAUAUUAAUACCAAAUGAAAUUGAAGAAUUAAAUCAAAAGUUAUCUUUAACACGUCAUUUACUUGACUAUUUUAUUCAACCAAAAUUAAAUAAUCAAAAUACAUUUUCUGAUCAAGAUGAUGAUGAUGAUAAUGAUGACGAUGAUGAUGAUGAUGAAGAUAUAAAUUAUGAAGAAAUUUUUAAAGAAAAACCAAUUAAUGAAUAUUCAUUAUUAACAGAUAAUCUUGCUAUGGCAUGUUCUAAUUCACAUAUAUUAUUACGUGAUGGUGCACGUUUAAUAUUAUAUAAUGAAAAAGAGAAACUUCAUCAAUUAGAAAUCAAAGUUCAACAUCCAGGUGAUUUUAUUCGAGAUUUAUGUUGGUGUGAAACACUUGGUUAUUAUCUUGUAUUAACACAAUAUCUUUUAUUUAUAUAUGAUCCAGAUAAAUAUUCAUUAACUAUUAUUGAUAAAGUUAAACCAAUUCAACGAUCAAAAUUUUCUUCAAUAACUUGUUCAGAUAAUAUUAUGUUCUUAGUUAAUGGUAAUGGACAAUGUGUUGAACGAUGGUCUAUAGCAAAAAGUUUUCAUUGGAAACUAAUUAAACGUGAUUAA